ACAAGCAGUUUUUCAAAUAUUUGUGUUGAAAUAGAUAAAUCCGAACAGGAUAACUAUUUAACAGAUAAUAGUUUAUGUUAUGCAAAGGUUCUUCUUAUUGUUCGAAUUACCUCGCCAAAACUAAAUCAGAAGCUUGAGCUUGCUCUCGUUCACUAG